CGCGGGGAGGCGGCGGACGGCUCUGCUACAGCUCCUUCCCCCUCCCUCGCCUAUGCCUGCCACCGCUCCCCUCCCCAAAAACCCGACAGGGGAUAAUGCCUCCUGAAUACAUGAUGAAGUGAGUAGUCAGGCUGGGCUCCGCCGCUGCUGCUGGGAGUGAGUGAGCGUGUGAGUCUGUGCAUUGAGGCAUCUCUGCACUGCAGCCUCCUCCUACAUCCAGCCAGAGAGGCAGAGAAAGGCGCGGAGGGAAGGCGGCUUGUUGCAGUGCGAGGCACUGGCCCCUGGGAAGAAGCAAAUCCCUGGCAGCCGCCCUAGGCGCGACCAGAGCAGCCCCGAGCGAGGCGGCGGGCAGCGGCCAUGCUGAAUAACCUGACGGACUGCGAGGACGGCGACGGGGGGGCGAGCCAAGGCGAUGGCAAUCCCAAGGAGAGCAGUCCCUUCAUCAACAGCACAGACCUGGAGAAGGGAAAAGAGUACGAUGGCAAGAACAUGGCCCUCUUCGAGGAGGAGAUGGACACCAGCCCGAUGGUCUCAUCACUGCUGAGCGGGUUGGCCAACUACACCAACCUGCCGCAGGGCAGCCGGGAGCAUGAGGAAGCUGAGAACAAUGAUGGGGGCAAGAAGAAGCCAGUGCAGGCUCCACGGAUGGGCACCUUCAUGGGCGUCUACCUGCCCUGCCUGCAGAACAUCUUUGGGGUCAUCCUGUUCCUGCGCCUCACCUGGGUGGUGGGGAUCGCUGGCAUCAUGGAAUCUUUCUGCAUGGUCUUCCUUUGCUGCUCCUGUACGAUGCUGACAGCUAUUUCCAUGAGUGCAAUUGCCACCAACGGCGUGGUGCCAGCGGGCGGCUCCUACUACAUGAUCUCACGCUCCCUGGGCCCUGAGUUUGGUGGGGCUGUGGGGCUCUGCUUCUACCUGGGCACCACCUUUGCCGGUGCCAUGUACAUCCUGGGCACCAUCGAGAUCCUGCUGGCCUACAUCUUCCCUGCCAUGGCCAUCUUCAAGGCAGAGGAUGCCAGCGGGGAGGCGGCUGCGAUGCUCAACAACAUGCGUGUCUAUGGCACCUGCGUGCUGACCUGCAUGGCUACCGUGGUGUUCGUGGGGGUCAAAUAUGUCAAUAAGUUUGCCCUGGUCUUCCUGGGCUGCGUCAUCCUCUCCAUCCUCGCCAUCUACGCCGGUGUCAUCAAGUCGGCCUUCGACCCACCGAGCUUCCCGAUCUGCCUGCUGGGCAACAGGACCCUCUCACGGCACGGCUUUGACCUCUGCACCAAGGUGGUGGUGGAGGGCAACGAAACAGUGGGCUCCAAGCUCUGGGAGCUCUUCUGCACCUCCCGCUUCCUCAACGCCACCUGUGAUGAGUAUUUCACCAUGAACAAUGUGACUGAAAUUGAGGGCAUCCCUGGAGCUGCCAGCGGCCUCAUCCAAGAGAACCUCUGGAGCUCCUACCUGACCAAGGGUGUGAUUGUGGAAAAGAGGGGGCUGCCCUCUGUCAGCCCCCCGGACACCCCUGUGGACAUGGACCAGCCUUACGUCUUCAGUGACAUGACCUCCUACUUCACUCUGCUCGUGGGCAUCUACUUCCCCUCUGUCACAGGCAUCAUGGCUGGCUCCAAUCGCUCUGGGGACCUGCGGGAUGCACAGAAGUCCAUCCCCACAGGCACCAUCCUGGCCAUUGCCACCACCUCUGCAGUCUACAUCAGCUCCGUUGUGCUCUUUGGGGCAUGCAUCGAAGGCGUUGUUCUGCGUGACAAGUUUGGUGAAGCCGUCAAUGGGAACCUGGUGGUGGGCACCCUGGCGUGGCCGUCCCCGUGGGUCAUCGUUAUCGGCUCCUUCUUCUCCACAUGCGGGGCCGGGUUGCAGAGCCUCACCGGCGCCCCGCGCCUCCUGCAAGCCAUCUCCAGGGACGGGAUCGUGCCCUUCCUCAGGGUCUUUGGCCAUGGCAAAGCCAACGGGGAGCCCACCUGGGCUCUGCUGCUCACCGCCUGCAUCUGCGAGAUUGGGAUCCUGAUCGCAUCCCUGGACGAGGUGGCUCCCAUCCUGUCCAUGUUCUUCCUCAUGUGCUACAUGUUUGUCAACCUGGCCUGUGCCGUGCAGACGCUGCUGCGGACGCCCAACUGGCGGCCCCGAUUCCGCUACUACCACUGGACCCUCUCCUUCCUGGGUAUGAGCCUGUGCCUGGCACUGAUGUUCAUCUGCUCCUGGUACUACGCGCUGGUCGCCAUGCUGAUCGCUGGCCUCAUCUACAAGUACAUUGAAUACCGCGGGGCGGAGAAGGAAUGGGGUGAUGGGAUCCGGGGGCUGUCGCUGAGUGCCGCCCGCUACGCACUGCUGCGGCUGGAGGAGGGCCCCCCCCACACCAAGAACUGGAGGCCCCAGCUGCUGGUUCUGGUCCGUGUGGAUCAGGAGCAGAACGUGGUGCACCCACAGCUCCUGUCCUUCACUUCACAGCUCAAAGCAGGCAAGGGCCUCACCAUUGUGGCCUCUGUGCUGGAAGGGACCUUCCUGGACAACCACCCACAGGCGCAGAGAGCCGAGGAGUCCAUCCGCCGCCUGAUGGAAGCGGAGAAGGUGAAGGGCUUCUGCCAGGUGGUGAUCUCCUCCAACCUGCGGGACGGCAUGUCACACCUCAUCCAGUCCAGUGGGCUGGGCGGGCUGCAGCACAACACGGUGCUGGUGGGCUGGCCCCGCAGCUGGCGCCAGAAGGAGGACCACCAGACCUGGAGGAACUUCAUCGAGCUGGUGCGGGAGACCACGGCUGGGCACCUGGCCUUGCUGGUGGCCAAGAACGUGGCCAUGUUCCCGGGCAACCAGGAGCGCUUCUCGGAGGGCCACAUCGAUGUCUGGUGGAUCGUGCAUGAUGGAGGGAUGCUCAUGCUGCUGCCCUUCCUCCUGCGGCACCACAAGGUCUGGCGCAAGUGCAAGAUGCGUAUCUUCACGGUGGCUCAGAUGGAUGACAACAGCAUCCAGAUGAAGAAGGACCUGACGACAUUCCUGUACCACCUGCGCAUCACGGCGGAGGUGGAGGUGGUGGAGAUGCAAGAGAGCGACAUCUCAGCCUACACCUACGAGAAGACGCUGGUGAUGGAGCAGCGCUCGCAGAUCCUCAAGCAAAUGCACCUCACCAAGAACGAGCGGGAGCGGGAGAUCCAGAGCAUCACGGAUGAGUCCCGCGGCUCCAUCCGGCGCAAGAACCCAGCCAACACGCGCCUGCGCCUGAACGUCCCUGAGGAGCAGGUGGGCGACGGCGAGGAGAAGCCCGAGGAAGAGGUCCAGCUCAUCCACGACAAAAACGCCACCACCUUCUCCAGCAGCUCCCAGUCCCCAGCUGAAGAGGCAGAGUCGGGCCCUGAGAAGGUGCAUCUCACCUGGACCAAGGAGAAGUCCGUGGCCGAGAAGAACAAGAGCAAGAGCCCUGUCAGCCCCGAGGGCAUCAAGGACUUCUUCAACAUGAAGCCGGAGUGGGAGAACCUGAACCAGUCAAACGUGCGGAGGAUGCACACGGCUGUGAAGCUUAACGAGGUGAUUGUGAAGAAGUCCCAGAAGGCCAAGCUGGUCCUGCUCAACAUGCCAGGGCCACCCCGCAACCGGAAAGGGGAUGAAAACUACAUGGAGUUCCUGGAGGUGCUGACAGAGCGCCUGGACCGAGUGCUGCUGGUGCGUGGCGGGGGCCGGGAGGUCAUCACCAUCUACUCCUGAAACACGGCGUGAGAAAGGUUUGUCCGCACCCCGAGAGCCCCACCACCCCGCACCGAGCUCCUGGAGGGAGGAGAGAAGCCCGAUGGCAGCCGGUGCACAGAACCUUCACCUGCCUUCAGCCGUGCCCCUGACCUCUCCAUUCGAACUGCAGCACCAGAUCUUCCGGGAGCAUCCAGCACCUGAGCAGCUGUUCCUCAUUGCAACGUCACAGCACUGCUGUCUUUGUUUAUAUAUAAAUAUAUACAGUGUUCUGCGGACUGAGCAUCAGAGCCCAGCGCUGCCCCCGCAGCCCCCGGCCGGGCAGGAGCCCACUGUGUCCCAAUGGGCCCCAGGCCCCACUGCCGCCCCACAGAGCUUGGCUGGGCACCGCUGCCUGAUGCUCGCACCGCACAGAGGUGCUGGGAGAAGAGAGAGGCCACCAGCAUGCUUUCCUCGCCAGAUGCUCCUCUCCCCACCUCCGUCAGCACCCGACGACCCUGGAAAGGACCGUGCUGGGCCCGGACAGACCCAACCGCCCAUCUGGAGGCCGUGGGCCACGCUCACCGAGAGGCAGUUGUGAUGGUUUGGAGGGGGUGAGGGUGGGGGGCAGCCGAGUGGGGUGGGAUGCUGGAGAGCAGCGGUGCCACUGCAGCCCCGGCCGGGUUGGGUGGAGCUGUGUGUCCCCUUCCCGCUGGCCCCAACCCCCUCUGUCCAGGCAUUGCUCUGUGCUCGUGCUGCAGCUGCUGCCCGGAGCUGUGGUGCCCGGAGCAGAGCAGAGGUCCCACCGGUGUGCAGUGUCAGCCUGAGCUGCCCCGGGGCUGUGGGACUGUGGAUGCUGCUAACCCCAGGCACCGCCGGCUCUGGGCCUGGCACAGAAGCUCCACGGCCAUGCUGGGAGCACUGGGGGCUGUGUGGACCCCACUUUGGCUGACCGUCGGUCCUGGCAGCCCCAUACCCCGCUGUGCACUGGGGCUUUUAUCCCUGGCCCCAGGCACAGGUGCUGCCACGGGGUCCGGAACGCUCAGCUCUGGGUGGUUCUCAGUAUAUGCAAUGUGUCCGAUGGGCCCCGGCCCCACUGCAGCGCCUGUGCCAGGCCCUGUGGUGCGGGAUAGCAGCAGGGACCCCUCUGUCCUAUUUCUGGGCAGCACCCGGCCCCGUUCCGGUCCCCCCAUCCCACCAUGGCCCCAGAGCUGCCCCCCAAACAGCCCUGAGCCCGGCAGCGGUCGCAGGGCCGCCCCCCUCUCCCCAGCAGCAAUUCUCAUUCAGAGAAACUGAGGAGCUCUCAACAAAUGUGAACGGUUCCAGGAACCGUGCAGGAAGCGGCGCCGAGGGCCCAUGUACAUAGUGUACAUAAUACAGUACGUGUAUUUUUAAAGUGAUCAUAUUUAUGUUAAUAGAACCAGAUGAAGUCUAUAUAUAGAGAUCUAUAUCUAUACUGAGAGAUGCAGGGCUCUGCUAGCACCGGGCUGUGGGGACGGAGGUGUGAUGGCCGCCCCUGCACAGGGUCCAGGGAAGGGCCAGGUCAGGGGCUCGUGCUCUUCUCAAUUCAGCUUCUUAAAAGUUUUCAGGGAAAAGAAAUUACUGAACUUUUCUGAACUCAUUUCACAGCAGAUUUGAGCUUCCACUCCAAGUGCAGCCCGCUAAGAGUUGCCCUCUCCCGGCAGUGCUGUGGCUGCUCUGUGCCCCGUGCACAGUGCUGCUCCCCUGCCCUCGCACAGAACAGCUCCUUGCCCUCUUCCUCUGCAGAGCUCCUCUACUCCUCCAGUUCCAGGCCAAAGCUAUAUGAGGCUGCUUAGAUAGCAAACAAGUGGUUUGUGGGCUUUUUUUGGCUUUUCUUGGCUUGCUUUCUUUUUGUUGGUUCUUUUUUUUUUUGGCUUUAAGACUCCUUGGACACACUCCCGGACCAAACCCAAGCCCCAGCUGCACCUCUGUGCCUGUCAGUACCCUGCUCCUACAUCUGCACCACUCCCAAAGUGCCUCCAUCUCUCCAGCAGCAGCCCCGGCCGCAGGCAGCACUCAGCCAUGGCAGCUCAGCAAUCUGCACAGGUGCAUCGGGGCUGUCACAGACCGCUGUGAUGAAUGGAUAGAUGACAGAUAGCAGCUUGAGCCAGAAGAGCAGCCCCGUGUGCCCAGCGUUAGGGGAUGGAGAGGCCGGGUUUAGCUUAGGGUUCAGCUCUGCCCCUACACACCGCCACACACAGCUUCUGUGCUGUUUGCAGCCUCCCAGGAUGAUGUGAAGCACUCGGGCAAGGAGGGGCUGUGCACACCCACCUGCCCGCUCAUCUCACUGCACCAUGCUUGCUCGGCCUGCAAUGCUUCCAGCUGCUCCCUGCCUCUGCGCAAGGUGCUUCGCUCCAUGCAGUCUCCCUCUGCCCUCAGCCCAGCUUUGCCCUGCAGCCUCAGCCCGCUCCUACAUGGAGCAGAGGGCCUGACCUCAGCAGCAGCAGCAGGGCAUGGCAGAUGCCUUCCUCAGGCAGCAGGGAUAGAUCUCUGCUGCACAGGCAUGAAGCCAGGCCAGGGCACGCUGCUCUGCGGGCAGGUCAGCUCCAUCGCUUC